GCGCAGAUCUGCCUGCCGUCUCCCCUUUUCUGCCUGGAGAAUUAGGGCUUCCGGCCCGCACCCCACACCUCCGCGGUCCCGAGUGCGCGGAGCUGGGAGCGGCUUGGCCAUGGCCGCGAGGAGGGACUCCGUGUGGAAGUACUGCUGGGGAGUUUUGAUGGUUUUAUGCAGAAGUGCGAUUUCCAGAUCGAUAGUUUUAGAGCCCAUCUAUUGGAAUUCCUCGAACUCCAAAUUUCUACCUGGACAAGGACUGGUACUAUACCCACAGAUAGGAGACAAAUUGGAUAUUAUUUGCCCAAAAAUGGACUCUAAAACUAUUGGCCAGUAUGAAUAUUAUAAAGUUUAUAUGGUUGAUAAAGACCAAGCAGAAAGAUGCACUAUUAAAAAGGAAAAUACCCCUCUCCUCAACUGUGCCAGACCAGACCAAGAUGUAAAAUUCACUAUCAAGUUUCAAGAAUUCAGCCCUAACCUUUGGGGUCUAGAAUUUCAGAAGAACAAAGAUUAUUACAUUAUAUCUACAUCAAAUGGGUCUUUGGAGGGCCUGGAUAACCAGGAGGGAGGGGUGUGCCAGACAAGAGCCAUGAAGAUCCUCAUGAAAGUUGGACAAGAUGCGAGUUCUGCUGGGUCAACCAGGCAUAAUGAUCCAACAAGACGUACAGAACUAGAAGCUGGUACAAAUGGAAGAAGCUCAACAACAAGUCCCUUUGUCAAACCAAAUCCAGGUUCCAGCACCGACGGCAACAGCGCCGGGCAUUCCGGGAACAAUAUCCUCGGUUCCGAAGUGGCCUUAUUCGCGGGGAUUGCUUCAGGAUGCAUCAUCUUCAUCGUCAUCAUCAUCACGCUGGUGGUCCUGCUGCUCAAGUACCGGCGGAGGCACCGCAAGCACUCGCCGCAGCACACGGCCACGCUGUCGCUCAGCACGCUGGCCACCCCCAAGCGCGGCGGCAACAACAACGGCUCAGAGCCCAGUGACAUUAUCAUCCCUCUGAGGACUGCGGACAGUGUCUUCUGCCCCCACUACGAGAAGGUCAGCGGGGACUACGGGCACCCCGUGUACAUAGUCCAGGAGAUGCCCCCCCAGAGCCCCGCGAACAUUUACUACAAGGUCUGAGACGUGGCGGUGCCUUCGCUUUCCCGGAGC